UGUGCAGUGUGUUUCCAGUCACAUUUUGACCAAUACCGCUGAGGUUGGAUUUUCCGGGAGCGCAGCACAUUUUCUCUCAUCGUUUCUGCGUUGUUUCCUGGGAGAUUCACCACGCGGUACUUUAUAGGUGUGAGGCUGGAGAAUCACACCUCGCCGUCGGUUAAUCCACGACCAAAGCUGUAAGUGGGCUUCAGAUCCGGUUGGCACACUAUUGGUAUGCUUAUGAAAUAGGAUUUCGUGUACCACCACCAUAUUGUUGUGUCGAAGCGAGCUUGAAGCAAGCUCGACGCUAAUAGUGAGAAAGCUACGCUUUUUUAAUGCACAUUUAUAAAUAGUUGCAUCUUUUUGAAUGUAGUAUAUAUGCUUUGGAAGCCAAGACGCAAUGAAGACUCAUGUAAAAGGUUACGGAGGUUCUCUCUUUGAGAGUCAGCCACUACACCCUAAGCUUUUGCCACCUACUGGAUCGAAGGAUUUUGAUGGAAAGUAUUCACACCUAAUGUCUAGCAUAUCGACAACUGUUGAUGAUGAGGAUCAACAUUUGUUGUCAGCUGUUUUGGAAAAAAUUUCCUUAUCUGCUAGGGAUUUCGGUGGCUAUUCAGGUUAUUACUCUGACGAUCCAGAUAGUGAAAUUCUCAGGAAAUCUGAACUAUAUCCUAGUUCGUACACUGAGUCGUUGGCAGAUAUCACUUGCAAUGAUUCUUAUUCUACAGCAUCUGAAGUAUCCUCGGUAAUGCCAAGUUUUAAAUGGAGUUCUGCGGCACCCAAUAGCUGCUUCGGUACGGAGAAAGCUCAGUUAUAUGAACGCCUGUUCGAUUCUUACAUCACGUUAUUUAAUUCUGAGUCAUAUGAAACGAAGCCGACACAAUGGGAUGAAUACAAGAAUGGUUAUUUACCAGCAACCCCUUCUUGGGAUGCCGUUGAUGCUUUGACGGGUUUUGACAGUCGUAGCAUCCCUGAACGUUCCAACACACUUGCGGUGAAGAAUGAAGACACACACCGCUUGCAUAGUCCACCUAAUGCAGUUGACAAGAGCAAAAGUCUCUGGAAGCGAAAACGCAAUAAAUUCAAAACACUAGAGAAGAGGGCCAUUCCUCAGCUUACAGGUCAAGAUUUUCAAGACGCUGUAGAUUUUUUGAAGCGUAUCCUCAACUCCCUUUAUGAGGAUCAAAUUCCGCCUACAUUUUUCAACGUGCGGAGCAGAUUUGUCGAAUUUGACACUAAGAACAUCCCGGUUGAGCACAUUAUGAACAUAUGCCAGCGUCGCCAAGACAUUUUCAGGGUUGAGGUAAACGAGGAGUUAAACCAGACAUACAUUUACUUUGUGAAGCCUCCAUCAUAUUUCAAGAACUGGAUUGACCGUAACAAUUUGACGGACAUAUACCCGGAGACGAUGUGGGAGCAGUUUUUGGACUUUCUCGUUGAGCUUGUAAACAACCCUGACCAAACAAUGCCAGUAUUUCCCGGUAGUAUUUACGGUACUGCCAAGGUGUUCCAGAAAUUGGAACUGCCAUUUUUUGAGGGUAUGACCCUCGGCACUUUAUGUCACAUUGUGCAACUCGCUGUUAGAGUUCGCAAGUAUUUGAUGUAUGAGUUGAAAACUCUGAAGCCGAAUUUGCUUUCUAUUUUGCAGGCGUGUAUAAAGCGCACUAAAUGAAGUUUACAGCCUAAUGUCUUUUCUUA